AUGGUUCUGGAAAUUGACAACAGCUACCAUGCGGCGCACAUUCCCACUUACCCGUCCCCUGAGGAGAAGCCUCUGAUUCCAGAUCAACUGUGGAACCUCUUAAUCCAGGGCUGGAUCCGAGUAGCGGAGCAACACCUGAUCCGGGUCUCAGACGAUAACCAGCGGGUGGAGAACGCCGACAUUCUGGAGAUCUCGACCUGGAUCGACUCAUAUUUGAAGAAUACGGAGGAAGAUCAAGACGCAGACCCCAAACUCAACUAUCUGGUGUAUCAGCUGUGCUUGACAUGUCCAUUUGGAGUUGUUCUGAAACCUCAGAGCGCCUGGCGGUUUGUGCUACGAUACUACGCCAAGAACAGUCGGCCAGUUCUGAAUCUGCUUGGAGGAAACCCCGAUCUGGCCGAGAUCGCAGCUAUGGGUCUAUUGGAGCACGCUAGAGCAUUCCCUCAGCAAUACACACAGUACUAUGACUCUGACGGAGUCAGCAAUCUGGUAGUGCUUCGAUCUCUACUUGACACCGGCAACAAGGACAAGUUGGAGCCUCUCAGUCAACUGUUUGUGGGACAAAAGUGGCUGGUUAACACUUUAGCAGCAUUCCCUACGGAAACCAACUACUCUCAAUUGACACAAAAACAGAAGGAUCUGGCCAGGGCAUUGCUGUAUAUUGUUUCUACAUGUCUGCUUUCGAUUCCCUAUAUUUCAUAUUUCGAGAAACUGAUGCGAUCUGCUCUGUUUCUGGAUCUCAAGAAGAAGUACCAUCUGGCCGCAGUCCUCCUAUGUGCCACCAACUUUGUGGAUUUGAUCCAGGUCAAGUUUUCAAAAGCCGCUGGUUUUCAAGGUGUGAUCUCCGUGCUCAACAUUGAGAGAGAUCGACUGAGUGAAAAGCCUCAGCUGAGAUUCCCCGUCACCAAGACAAAGAAUGACUACAACGACUUCUCUGUCGUUGAAGAUGCAGUCGCUUCGUCGUCAGCAGCAGAGCCAUCCGACGCGGAUGCCCAUACCAUCAUGGAUAUGUUCCCUCAGUUUAACUUGGGCCAGGCUAAGACUCUUAUUCAGCAUCAUGUCACCACAGAGGGAGCCAUGGAGUAUAUUCUCAGCAACCCCGAUGUAAUGGAAAACCCCAGUUCGAUUCCUGAAUGGAGCAGUCGUGCCACAGAGGGUGCCCCUGCGGUUGAAAUCUCAAUGGACGAGUAUGCACCCAUGCCAGUUCAUGCCGCCAAGUCUACUCCCAAGUAUAUCUUUGGAAAGAAGGAGAUCUCCACGUCUCUCAACCCCGACGAAGAUGCUAAAUCUGCCAAUCUUCAGCAUGCUUUGCGUAUGAUCUACGAGAGUGAUGAAGAUGAGAGAGACGACACUUACGAGGGCAUGGAGGGAGGCACCGAGGAGGACUCUCAGGCGAACGCCAAGCUCGACAAGAUUCAGCAGUACCUGUUCCAGCUGUACUCUUCCAACAAGCAGGUGUUUGAUAAGCUUGAUCGUAAGAGCAAGGCUCGAGCUGAGCUCAAGAAGACGACUGAGUGGUCCGACGAGCAGAUCGAGGGCUGGGCAAGGAUGCUGGAGCGAAACCCCCGACAGUUCAAGAUGCUCGAGAGCAAGCAGCUGGAGAUGGGCGUGUCUAAGAACGAUCAGCCCGUGGCAGAGGAAAAGAAGGACAAGGAGAAGGGCAAGGGAAAGGGCAAGGAGAUGGAGAGAGAAAUGACCCCCGAACAGGCUGCUGCUAGACAGAAACAGAAGCAGGCCCGAGAUAGACGGCACAAGACGCAGAACAAGAGCUCGACACAUCAUAGAAAGAGCGGACAUGACCGGAAGAUGGGUAAGGCAAACUUUGAGUAA